CACUGCUUGUGCGCUUCCGUAAGCGCCGUCUUCCCAAGCACCAUCUGCCGCAGCGCGGGAAGCGACUCCCCGUUCACGACCUCGUUCGAUGCCGAAGUGCUUGGUCCAGCAGACGCAGAGGCAUCUUGAGCUUCCGCCCGCGGCGCGCGGCUAAACAUGAGCUCCUCCGACUCAUGCGAUAGUUUGCGUCGUUUCCGUGGCUGCUCAUCUGCCUGCUUCCCCUUCGACUUGUGCGUCGACUUUCCCAAAGACUGCACACACAUGAGCUCUCUCGCAUACUCUCCGACCGCUCACGCACCUUCUGCAACGCCAACCAAUUCGAUGACGGUGCCGCCGGCGCACUUUUGCUCGUCUUCGACAUGGUGCUCUGCGGCAAACGCGAUCGACGGCUCGAUCGGAUCCUCCGCGCUCGUGGCGUCUUUCAGCCGCUUUUGUCGAAACUUCCCACGGCGUGCGUUUUGCUUCCGAACAUGCAACUUGCGUGCAGGCCUUGCGCGUGUUGUAUGUCGGCGAAGCAGCAGAACCCAGCAGAAUCGUUUUGUGAUACUAGCGCGUCAUUGUAUGCGGAACUGCCGGACCAUGCACCGCGAAUGGACCGUCGAGGCUCCGUGUAAGGCUGAUACGCUUCUCCUGAUAUGCAUCUUUCUUUGUUUUACGUCGAUCUAUCGCUCGCGCCCCGCCUCCGCAGCCAAUCCGAACUCAAAGAUAGCCUUAUUGGGAACAAACGCCGGGAAUCUGCAAUUGUCGGCCUCAUCACGCCCUACUCCGCGCCAUUCAGGCCAUCCCCGCGCUAUAAUUGUAUCGCCAAGCACAAGCCACUCUAUUCAGUCGCGCUCAUCAAUGCGACCGACAAACACGACACGCGCCGGCUGAUCGACCGGGCGAUUCAUUGUGCUCCUCUUUCAGAGACGAGGGGCGGCCAUGGCGCCGAGCGGGGCUUUCAGCGCGGGCGCGUGGCGUCCUAUAUAAGAAACGGACCUAGCUGUGCUUGCUCCUUGCUUCCGCCCCAUUUGCCACUGCGUACUUGGACCCGUCGUCGC